UGACUGCCACCGGACGGAUAUCGGCAGAAAGUGCAGGGGAAACGUGCCCAGUGACACACACAACCAUGCAGGCAGCGGAACCCGGACCAGCAGAAACGUAAGGAUGGAUUAGAACGAUGUGCCGCGGCUGUCGUCACCAACAUGUUCCCGGGAGUUUUCUAUGCACUGCUGGCGGGUUUCCUCGGGGCCGUGGCGUCGUCUUCGGCCAAACUGUCCCUGGGAGCCGACUACCUGAAGGGAGUGUGUGAGACCGGACUCCGGACGUGGGGAGAGCAGCGGAAAUUCAGACAGGCGGACGAAACCACGGCGUGUGACCGGCUUCACAUCCCUCUGAGGCUGCUGUGCGGCGGGCUGCUCUUCACCUGCAACGCUGUGAUGUGGACCUUCCUCGAUAAGGCUCUCAGGUACUCCUCUUCCUCCACCCGAACCACUGUGACCACCACCGCCUCCAACUUCGUAUCUUCCGCGUUCCUGGGCCAGCUGCUCUUCGGCGAAGCCCAGAUCACGCUGUGGUGGGUUGGGAUCUCCCUGACGUUCUCCGGCCUGUUGGUGCUGCAGAGGGUCUCCCCACAGGACGCACAGCGGAACUCCGUCGCCUCAAAGGAUGAAUAAUACGUCAUAGUGAAGUUUGUUCUUUUACAAAAGUACAUGAACAUGAAUAGGAUUGUUUUCCUGUACUACAGUGAAAGAAACCAAGGAGUUUCUAUUUGUAUUCAAUUAAUGUUUCCACUUAUAAGUAAAAUGCCCCUUUGAUUGAAACACAAACGUUUUUAUAUUUGGAUCUAAGUCCGUCAGAGCCAGCUGCUGAUUGGCUUAGCUUUAAACACAAACUAAACCAUUUUCCAAAAGUAUAAAAAUGAACCAUCCAGCAUCAGAGACAUCCUAAAAACUAAUAUUAGCUUUUGAUCUGUUUUUGUGUAGAAGGGCUGAGUCCUACUGUUUGUAGUUGUCAUGCUAAGCUAACCUAAGCUAAUAGCUGCUGGUUCUCUGACACAAAAUAGUAUCAAUCUUAAGAAACGACAAUUUAGGGUUUAAUUUUGACAGAUGUAUCUGCAUGAUGCUGCCACAAUCUGCACGUGCGUUAUCUAAUGCUGGCCAAGUUAACUUUAAUGACACUCACUGUAACCGCCCUACGCGGACUGCAUUUGCAUGCUGACGUCAUAGAUUAGGCACUGAACCAAGUGAUAAGUAAUAAUUCCACUAAGGUAGCGCUGCUCAACGGCUCUUCGCUGGUAAGAUUUCGCUCUCCGUCUGGGCCUCGUGCUUUUUGACCCGACAGCUAGGACGCGGCUGGUCCAUCGUAUAGCAGAUGCGUGCAUGUGCCUGUCGAGGCCUGAGCUCCACUAUCUCACACCAAAGCGUCUAAAAUCACAGCCGCCUCCUUAAGUUAGUUAGUUGGGGAUUCACGGACGCAUUAGCUCCAUUAAACGCUCCCUCUUCACCCCUGGAGCUGUGAGCGAGCGUGCAAUAACGUUACACCUCCUUUAAAUGUCAUAACACUGUGAUAUGUGAAUUAUGAUUAGUCGCAUCAGUAAUUGAGCAAAGGAAACGACUACACGCUACCAAAGGAGUGUUAGUAUUCGAUAAGUAGGUCCAUUGUGGCAUGACAUCAAUCACUCUUUGCUGUUUGGAUACAUAUCAUAAUAUAAAGGCGUAACGGUAGCUAUUACACCUCGGUACUGUCCCACAGCAGCAGUGCACAAAUAUGACCCAUGUCCUUCCAGCUGCUGCUGCUGUCUGGGCUUGGUAUCGUGUGAUGUGGCGUGUAUCCCUACCAAUGUGACGACGCGACCACACACAUGCCUCUGCAUGUGAUCUGGGAUUCUGAGUGUGAGGCGUUAAUCACAGUAGACGUUAGACAUUUUGGGGAAACGCGCGUUCCCUUAACGUCCAUUUACCGUCAAAUGUUUGCUUUGGCGUCUGAAGAUGUUUCGGUGCCUGGUUGUUCUCUGCAUCUACCUGUGAACCCGCGCUCACUGUAACUCUGGCUGUAGCCUCGUGUGUAGGCCUGUGGCCACAGCAUGGUGCGCACGUGAAGAAAUACCAGAACAAAACAAUGCGACCGAACUGAAAUAAAAGCAUAAAUCUGAAACCUGCGGCCGUCGGUUUAGUCUGGAGGCUCCUGCAAGAACACGUGAAAAGUCAGUUUGCCCUGAUAUGAACAACUCAUAAUGUGUCUUAAAAAAUGAUGUGAUAAAAACAUUUGUAAAACUGUAAAUAUCUUCUGUUUAUAACAAACACUAGAGAGGAGGCGUCAUCAAAGAAGAAACACUGGUAAAUUAUUAAAUAAACAUCUCAUGUGACAAA